AUGGUUCUGGACAUCGCAGAACCCACCGAGCUGGUUAAGAAACCUAUUGCAACACGAUUGAUAAUGUGCAAAUACUGCAUGAGCAAUGCGCCAGUGUCGCCCUUGGCAAGGACGAUCACAGUCAUCGCGCUGCCGCAUAUGCGCAAGUUCUCUCGCGCCUCGACCCGCGGCGAACAGUACCAGCACCCGGAGCACUUUACGCCCUCCAAGCCUUCACCGCUGCCUUCGGACGCCCCCGUCACCGGCCCCAAGCUCGAUCCCAUCAAGCCACAGGCGUCCAUGGCGGGACUGCCACCAGCGCCACCGCCUGUACUGGGCCGUUCCGAGAGCUUCCAGAACAUGAUCCGCAGCCGUCGCUCCUCACAGGAUGAAAUCCGCGCGUUACUGGCGCGCACCACACAGGCGUUGGACAAGAUCGUGAGUAUCCGCGAGUCCAUGGAGGACUUUGUGGACUUUAAACAGUUCGAGAAAAGGUCACAGCGCCCUUCCCGUCCCUCGCGUGUAAGCUCCAGCAUCGCCGAGCUCGGGGAACACCCCGCGCGAUCCACAACCACGUCUAGUUAUGGCAGCACCGAAGCCUCAUCUCUCUCAGAGGACCCGCUGGGAAGAUCCACGACCUCUACGACGCAUUCAUCGUCGUCCAUUGAGGAUGACGGAGAACACGACGUCGACAGGGACCGAGAGGAUGAGCUGCGCGCGAGGAGCACGGGCCCAGACGAUCAGAAUGAGCAGGAUCUGGAAGACGCUGAAGAGGGGGAUACAUUCGAUGAAGACCGCUCCAUCGUCAGCUCCAUCUCGACUGUGGACGAUAUUGCGCCACUGAAAGAGGCGCGACUGGACAGACUCAAGAGCAUCAACAUAUCGUUCCACGAAGGACUACCAAAGGAGUUCUUCCAGUCGCUUUGUCGCUUCCUUAACUCCGCACUGGAAGUCAAGACUCGACACUCGAGAUUUAACUUUUACAAGGAAGCUUUUACGGGAGGCGACGCAGUUCGGGAGAUGUUGAUCAGUGGCUUUGCAGAAGACCAUCAGACAGCUACGAGGUAUGGAAAUGUCCUUGUCAGACUCGGAUUUAUCGAGCACGUGUCCCGUACGGACGACCAGCUGCACAACUCCAAGGACAAUUUCUACAGGUUCACUAAGGUGCUCGAGUACGAUGAUCCGUCGGAAUCGUUCGCCUCUGACACGGCCACGCGGAGACGUGCGUCCAUUAACGCCAAUAACUACCGUGAAUCGGUGCUCUCGAACGAGUCUACCGACAUGGUGGACUAUGACUUCGCUACAGCUACCGACGAAGUCCACGCACUCGUUACGGAGGAGGCUUUGCACGUGUUGGCCAAGGUGCUGCACAAGGUAUUCGAGCGCAAGAACAAGCUGCUGUUCUACAAGGGCUUCGUCGGCUGCUUCUUGGGCGCCGAGGCCGUGAACGUCAUCCGCGAGAUGCGGAUCGCCACUACACUCAUUGACGCCGUGCUGAUCGGACAGGCGCUUCUGGACGAGGGCCUGAUCGAGCCGAUCGCCACCACAGUCUCUACUUUCCAGGACAAGUAUGUCUUCUACCGUCUCACCAAGAUAUCGUCGUCGUAAAACCAAGUCAGUCAUUUACUCUUUCACGAGCGAAGUGGUGGUGCUUGUGGAGUCAAAACACGCCUAUCGACCUGCCUUGUGCAUAUGAAAGACAGCACAUCUCACACUCUUCGCUUCAGUCCAGCCAAACCGGUCCAUUCGUUGCGGUUCCCAACCUUUCCUGACUUCAUAGUUGAUCCAAGUCUGAAGGUAGCAAGAAACACAACUAGAGGAAGCUAAUUUUUGUAGUCAGCGCAUAUUUAAUUGAACCAGCAUUGCGCACAGUCAAGUCCUGUGUUUGAUACGUUGCACGUUCAGCUCGAUGUCCACUCAUGUUAUUGAAGCUAAUGCAAACAAACAAGGUUUGAAU